GGGCAGGAGCUUUGGCUGGCGGACUGAGGGCCGUUCAGCAGGGUGAACCCGGGAAGUGAGGAAAAGGCGCUGUAGGAAACCGUGGUGCGUGAGCUUGGGUUGAAGCUGGGAAGCCAAGGUCAGAAUCAGCUAGGUUGCCUGGUGGAUGGCCUGGGAGAAAAAGCUAGCUUAGGCCACACAAGACAGGACUGAUUCUGGAAUUCGGGCUUACCCUGCAGGCUCAGGGAACCCUUGCACAAGCAGUUCCUGUCUGAGGAGAACAUGGCCACCCACUUCUCCCGACUGAGCCUACAUAAUGACCACCCCUACUGCAGUCCCCCCGUGACUUUUCCCCACGCCCUGCCACCACUCAGGAGCCCUUGCCCAGAGCUGCUUCUCUGGCGCUAUCCUGGUAGCCUGAUCCCUGAGGCCCUCAGGCUGCUGAGGCUGGGGGAUACUCCAAGUCCCUACUACCCAGCAUCUCCAUCUGGGGACAUCAUGGAGCUCUGAGUGCUGAUGGCCAGUGGUUCCUCCUCCCCCGCCUUGUUCCAGACAACAAAAACCAGCAACCCCAAGAGAAGGAUGAAGUCCUUCUCCAAACCAGGUGCCUGGGCACCAGGACCUUCCCCUGCCAUGACACUGAGCUCAGUGGAACCCUCAUCAGGAG